AUGAUCAGAGUCUCCAAGAGAAAAUUUCUGGUCUCGGCAGCAUGCAACGGAACUAUUGGCAUUAGACGAGAGGAUUUUCUUCCCUAUGAGCGUCGGUCCCCACUAACCCCCGCCAAUGUCGCCUCCCUCGUCAAAGCCGGUCACGUGGUCAAGCUUGAGCCUUCCGGAAAACGAGCCUAUUCCGACGGCGAAUACGUCAAAGUCGGAGCUGAACUGGACGCGAACUUGGAAGGCUGCGAUGUGAUUUUUGGAGUGAAACAGAUUCCAAUUGAUUCGAUUGUGCCGAAUUCUACUUCUGUUUUCUUUUCCCAUACGAUCAAGGCGCAACCUGCGAAUAUGCCGCUUUUAGACACGUGCCUGAGGGACAAGGUGACACUUGUCGAUUACGAGUGCAUCGCAGAAAAUGGCGAGAGAAAGGUAGCCUUUGGACACUGGGCGGGAGUUGCUGGAGCGAUCAAUUCUAUUCAUUUUCUCGGCCAGCGUUUACUUUCCCUCGGCCACAACACGCCGCUAACAACGAUAAAUCUCGCCGGCGGCUACGUCGAUUCCACCGCAGCAAAAGAAGCCAUCUCCGCUGCUGGUCGAAAAAUCACCGAGUUUGGCCUUUCCCGAUCCAUCGAACCCCUCACUUUUGUCAUCACCGGCAGCGGGAGAGUCGCGCAAGGAGCGAUGGAGAUUCUCGAUGCUCUUGGCGUCACGUGGGUGGAUCCAAGUGAGCUGAAAACAUUGGCGAAGAAGAAAAAUAAUGAAGUUUUUGCGACUGUAGUUGAGCCGCAUCAUCAUCUGAUCCACGAAGACGAGAGCAAAAGCUUCCCGAAAAUCGGCACUGAAAACUGGGACUUUUUCCUCGAAAACAACAAGGACUACUCUUCAAAUUUCAAUACCGAAAUUGCCCCUCACAUGUCCUGCCUUAUCAACUGUCUCUUCUGGGCGCCUGGCGAUCCAAAAAUCAUGACGAAUGAAGAUCUUCAGAAUCUCGUCAAUUCGCAAAAGAAAAAUGCUGAAUUUCCUGGAGUGCCAUUUUUGCCACAGAAGUUGCAGGUGAUUUCUGAUAUCUCAGCGGACUCCAACGGAAGCUUGGAAUUCGUGGUCGAUUGCACUAGCAUGGAGGAGCCCUUCGAAAUCGUCGAUGGAACAGGUUCAUCCUCACGCGACCCAAAAGCUCCAGGUGUUGUUAUCACCUCAAUCGACUACCUCCCAGCUCUUUUGCCAAGAGAAGCUUCGGAUCAUUUUGGAAACUGUCUCUUGCCCUUUAUCGAUGAUUUAUUGAAUCUUUCGUCAGGACAGGGGGAUGUGUGCCCAGCGAUAAGGAACGCCGUGAUUUGCCAGAAUGGAGCGCUGACAACUCAGUACAGAUACAUUUCUGAUAUGAGAGCUGCUCAAACUUCUUCAAAGUCGAUCCUUGUCCUGGGCGCUGGUUAUGUUUCCGCUCCCGUUGUCGACUACCUCUCUUCCAAGGGCUACAAAGUCACGAUCGUUUCCUCCGUCGAGAACGAAGCUGCAAAAAUGAUCUCUCAAUACAAUUUCGAAAACUGCACUCCCGUCCAACUCGACUGCGUCAACGACAACGAAGGUCUUUCUUCCUUGAUUUCAGCGCACGAUCUCACGAUUUCGCUCCUUCCCUAUGUUUUCCACCCCCAUGUUUGCGAGCACGUAAUCAAGGCUGGCAAACAAAUGGUGACAGCUUCUUACUUGUCUGAUGGAAUGGCGGCGCUGGAUGAAAAGGCGAAGAAAGCGGGAAUUACAGUCAUGAACGAGGUUGGAGUCGAUCCUGGAAUUGAUCAUAUGCUCGCGAUGGAACUGUUCGAUGAAUUGAAAGAAAACGGAGAAGACGUCAAAUCGUUUGUCUCAUUCUGCGGCGGUCUCCCCGCCCCCGAAGCUUCCAACAACGUCCUUGGCUACAAAUUCUCCUGGUCCCCGCGUGGCGUCCUUCUCAACACCGUCUCCGGCGCCAAGUGGCUCCACAACGGCGACGUCGACGAAAUCCUCCCCGGCGGCGACAUCAUCAACCGACCCUACACCUUCAGCGGCGACGUCAAAGAAGUUCCCUUCAGCACAUGGAACGGUUACUCCCUCGAGGGCCUGCCCAACCGAGACUCGACCAAAUACACCGUUCCCUACGAGAUCCCAAAGUGCGAAACACUCCUUCGCGGAACAUUCCGAUACGCAGGCUAUUGCGAAGUCCUCCGAGAUCUUCAAGCGGUUAAUUUGAUCAACGAAGCUCCAAGUCCGAAUCUAUACGAUGCUGACAACUGGCUUGAGUUUAUGGCUCUGCACUUAGGGCUGGACAAAAAUGCUAGUGCGAUGAAAGUAAUGGCGAAGGCGUCAGAGCUAAAGAAUGGCCUCGGUCAGGGAGUUAAUACGAAUAAAUUAGCGAAACUCGGCAUUUUUACCAAAACAAACAAGCUGGAGAAUCGAAACUCGCCUUUGGACGCUCUGGCUGUUCUUCUCAAUCGGGAUAUGCAAUACGGAGAGUCGGAAAAAGACGCGAUCAUUAUGCGCCACGAAGUAAAAACUCAUCAGAACCCGAUGACCAUACACGGCGUCGACUUCAUCUACUACGGCAAUCAAGGCAAAAACGACGGAAAAGAAUAUUCCGCCAUGGCCCAGACUGUUGGAUACCCCGCUGCGAUCUCCGCUCACUUGAUAAUGGAAGGUGUAAUCAACAAGCCAGGAAUGCUCACUCCUGUGACGAAGGACAUCUACGUGCCGAUCCUCGACGAGUUGAAGAAACUUGGAAUUGUUGCCAACCGAACUUUGAAUUGA